AUGCUCUGGUCUGCUUGCACUCAUUUGGCAGCUUUCACGGUCUGUAGCACAGGCUGGAGGUCACCAGGUACGGCGGGGUUGGAUUUGUGUCAGGAGCGGACAUACUACCCCUUUCUCCACAAGUACCAGAUGCCGGGCUUCAUGACCGAGUUUGGAGCUGUGGGGGGCAACAAAAAUGAGAUGAAACACAUUACAAACUUGCUGGAUGCCGCGGACAAGCACUUUCAAAGCUGGAGCUAUUGGCAGCUGAAGACCUUCCGUGACUUCACCACGUCGAAUACUGCUGAAGCCAUCUUCACGCCAGAUGGCCAGGUCGAGAUUAACAAGCUGAGCGCACUGUCACGCACCUAUGCGCCAGCCAUCGCUGGCCGACCGUUGAAAAUGGAGUACGACUCCUUCAAGCGCAGCUUCGUCUUGGACUAUGUCGCCACUGUGAAGGAAGCACCUACAGAGAUCUACUUGAAUGAGGAUCUGCACUUCCCCGGCGGCUAUAGCUUUGUCGCAGCUCCUCCCGGAUGCCUCAGCGUACGUCAGACGCGGCGGAACUGGCUCCACCUUCAUCUGGCGGAGGUGAAAUGUAUGGGUUUGGUGAUGCAAAUCAGGAUCUACCCAUCACCACAGACCAUGGUGUGA